AUGGCUUCCCCUAGCGUUCUCACCUUUGACGCUGAGGGUCGGGCAGUGGACUUUGAGGUCUGGGUAGAUGAUCUGCAGCUUUUCCUUCAGUGCGAUAGGGCAGACGGCCUCUCCCUGUUUGACCUCACUUCUGGUUCCUCCCCUGCCCCUGUUGCCGAUGCUGACGCCACUGUUUGCUCACAGUGGGCCACACGUGACGCUGCUGCUCGCCUUGCUGUACACCACCACUUGCCGACCACUAAGCUUGCACACUUUAGCCAGUACAAGAGUGCUCAGACCUUGUACGACGCUGUAGUUGCGCGCUACUCUUUCCCUGCCACUGCUGCACUGAACCGCCUCAUGCUACCGUACCUUUUCCCUGACCUUGCUGCCUUUCCCACUGUUGCUGACCUCAUUAUGCACCUCCGCACUCUUGACACUCGCUACCGCGCUGCGCUUCCUGCUGAGUUCUGCGCUAAGAACCCCCCCCCCCCCCCCCCCCCCCCCAUGUACAUCACCCUCUACUACAUAGUCACCCGGCUCCCUGACUCUCUUCGGGUAGUCAGGGACCACUUCAUCUCUGUUUGCCCCACCACUCUCACCGUUGACCUCCUCAAGAAGGCCCUCCUAGCGAUAGAGAAGAGCAUAGUUGUUGCUGCUGCGCUAGGUGCUGGUGAGGCUGCUGCUCUAGGUGCUAGUGCGUCUGCUGCCCCAGGUGCCAGUGCGUCUGCCGCCCCAGGUGCUGGUGAGACUGCUCUCUCAGGUACUAUGUCGGCUCAGGCUUUCCACACCUUCACCCUGGACUCGGGUGCGUCCCGCUCCUUCUUUCGAGACUGCACCACUCUUACGCCGUUUUGUCGGCUGGUUGCAAUCUCCCUGGCAGACCCCUUUGGGGGUCCUGUCCUUGCUAGCUUCUCCACUGUCCUUCCGUGCCUUGCAGCCCCCUCUGGCACCCUGUCUGGUCUCUACCUCCCCUCGUUCUCUACGAACUUGGUGAGUGGAGUGGACCUACAGGAUCGAGGGGUUGACCAGUUCACUCGAGUGACCCACUGCACGUCUGCUCGGACAGGCCGACACUUGGCCACGUUCACCCGUCGGCCAGGGUCGAGCCUGUACACCCUUACUACUGAGUCUCCUCCGGCUGUUGAGUCUGCCCAGGUAGCUGCGUCGAGUCAGGUGUUUGCUGCGGCGUCCAGGUCUGGUCCUGAGUCUGCCCCCUGCUCGUGUCGUCUACUGUCCCACCAGACUCUCCUUUGGCACCACCGCCUUGGUCACCCCUCCUUGCCUCGUCUCCGAGGCAUGGCCUCCCGUGUCCUUGUCUUUGGUCUUCCUCGGUCUCUCCCUCCCCUUCCUCCGGGGCCUGGCCCUACCUGCGUCCCCUGCGUCGAGGGGCGACAGCGCGCCGCCCCUCAUGUCAGAACAUUGUAG